UCAACAUGCAUUUGUCGGGAAGAUUUCAAAUAACUUCUGAGCAAUUCAAUUAAUUCAGUGUUCACGUGCUCGCUAUAUACAGAGAGCUUUAAAUUAUUACAUAUUGUUUGUUUGAGAUAUAAUAACAAGACCACAGGUCGUGAUAGAAAUCUCGGCUGCAACUUAUCGGAGCUUAUGCGAUACGCUAACAGGGUCUUAUGAAAGAUUUAAACCAAUUUCAGUCAACUUUAGACCAGUUAUAUACGAACAACACUGCUUCGAGUCAGGCCUUGGAGCGAUACAUCACGCGUGGACUCAACGGAAGGACCAUCUGAGACGUAGCCACGGCCAACAUUUGAAAGAGAUAAUUUUCAAAGUAUAAAUGCCAAAGAAUGUUCUUAUGAUGACAAUGAAUGACAAUAAGCAUUCGCCAUUAAAUUUGAAGUUUAUGCGCUUCUUCUUGAAAAAAGUAUUAAACAUCGAAAUCGAUCACCCUUUAGUUGUGUGCAACAAAAUCGUGGUUUAAAAUCUCUCCACUGUGUUAUUUAUCUAAAACAUAAGUGGUUAAAGAAAAGGUUUGGAACUCUCCUUUUAUUUCAUUACCUUUUUGGAUAGGUAGUGUAAAUCAAUAAAACAUUCAGCUGUAUGUAUGACAUAGUAUAUACACAUCUAUUUGCUCAGGUGUCAGUUAGCCUGGACUUAAAAAAGCAUGCUACACAGUAAUACAGUACUAAUACAGAGUUAGAGAAUACAAUAAUAGUAUAAAUAUCGUUGGUGGUCGCACUAGAGAUUCAUUCGAAGAUAACUUGUACAAUAGAGUGCAUGGCAGCCAUGAAAAUACUACUGUUACUAGUCGUGAGCGUUGCGAUCCUGAACUACGGUCAGGUUAACGGUGCCGGUGAAACGUCUGAUACUUCAUCCUCAUCGUCUGGUAGCUCAUCACCAGCCGAUACUUCAUCGUCAUCGUCUGAUAGUUCAUCACCAGCUGAUACUUCAUCGUCAUCGUCUGGUAGUUCAUCACCAGCGAGCAGUUCAUCAUCGUCUGGCAGUUCAUCCCCAGCAUCCAGUUCAUCGCCAGCUUCAUCUUCAUCGGCAGACAGUUCUUCAUCAUCAUCCUCUGAAACUACUACAGUAAGUUCCACGAGUAACGAUGACACCAGAAUAAAAGAAAUAAGAGAAGAAAAGCGCAAGAAUAGAACACUGCGUAAACAAUUGAGAAAACAACGCAAUGCUAUGAAAAGAAUGAAACUUCAAGAACGCAGAAGAAGGCUACGACGCAGGAGACGUCAGCAGAACCGCAGAAGAAGAUCUAACAGAAGGAGAUUUUAAGUCAAGAGACAAUAUAAAAAGCGACACCACAAAACAGUUGUCUCUUUUGGAAUUUUG